AUGGGCCUUGAGAACGUCAAGCACGUCGUCCUUGUGCUAUCGGGCAAGGGCGGCGUAGGCAAAUCGAGUGUCACACUUCAACUCGCCCUCUCACUUUCUCAGCAGGGUCACAAUGUCGGCAUCCUGGAUAUCGACCUUACAGGCCCAAGCAUACCUCGCCUCUUGAAUCUGGAAGACAAGAAAGUUACUCAAGCUCCCGGUGGCUGGCUACCUGUGAAGGUGCAUGACGCGAGAGAUGCAAGUGACGAAAACACACCCAGACGGGGUGCCCUCCACGCGUUAUCACUGGCCUUCCUUCUACCGUCCCGUUCCUCGGCUGUCAUAUGGCGCGGGCCAAAGAAGACCGCAAUGAUUAGGCAAUUUGUCUCAGAUGUUUUGUGGCCGCCGAAUACAGACUAUCUCCUCAUUGACACCCCUCCCGGCACAAGUGAUGAACAUAUUGCCAUCGUGGAAGAGUUACACAAGCUAGCGGCAGAUGUUCAACCUGCGGCAGUGGAAAAUGGCAACGGUCUUCACCUCGAGAUUGACCAUAGACCAAAGUUGUCAGGUGCGGUGGUUGUCACUACUCCGCAGGCCAUCGCAACCGCCGAUGUGCGCAAAGAGCUCAAUUUCUGCGUUAAGACACAAGUUCCAGUGCUAGGAGUGAUCGAGAACAUGGCCGGGUACAUGUGCCCAUGCUGUGGUGAAAUCAGCAACGUCUUCAGCAAAGGAGGUGGCCAGAUUAUGGCUAAUGAGGCCAACAUUCCUUUUCUAGGCUCCGUUCCUAUCGAUACUGGAUUUGGCGCCUUGGUUGAGGGCGUUCAAGGCGAUACGGACGCCGCAAGUACAAAUACGCCAACGAACGGAGACAGCUCACCAUCUCAUCAGACUGAACUUGUUGAGCGAUACAAAUCAUGUGGCCUCUUUCCUAUAUUCUCAGAAUUCGGGUCCAGCAUACACCAGAAGAUACAAGAAGUUUCAGGCUCCUAA